AUGAGGAGAAUCCAGUACCCAGCAGGGUUAAUCGUAAAGGCCAACCUAUGGCCUAAAAUCACCAGACAAGCACUUGCGGUGUAUGGGAAUAAACGAAGAUCAUUUACAAACCCCCACCCUCGCGAAAACGGAGGGACGAGGUGUAUCUCGACCCGAUUUUCUCAAUCGUUACACCCAAUAUCAAGCGAUAUUCCUCCGAUAUCCUGGGAAGAAAAACUCGAUGAUUACCGGAGCUUAUUAGGACGCUGCUGGAGGAAAGCAUCAGAUAUCAAGCGGGGUGAAGAAAUUGACGAAAAAUCAGCACUAGAAGAGAUGUCAAUUCUGGAAUGGGAGUUUGACGAUAUAACCAGGAGUCUUCUAUACGACUUAGGAUUGCUUACCCCAACCCCGGAUGUAAAAAAAGACGAUGAAAAGCUCAAAGAAGGAGUUUUACCACCAAUUUUACUUCCUCGGGUCAACGUGGGUGAUGUUUUCAACGUGCUGAGUGGCAAUGCCAAACUUCGUCCAAUGGAUGUGAACUUGCACGAACUUAUGCUAUUGCUGAAUGGCAAGUUUGGGCCCUAUAAAGUUGUCAAGAAGCUUGUUAACCGCACAUUAUCACUAAGUUCGACAAAACCCGACUGGCUUCUUAUCGACCCUUCUGAGAGAUCCUUUUCCGUCUAUCGGGUUCUUACUGCGUACCUUUUCUAUACUUCUCUUACUCCACAAGAUAUUCGUAGCGUUCUGUCAACUCCAUCCGUUAUUGAGGGGCUGUCAGCGAUAGAUGAUUCCCUAAUUAAGGAGUACUUUUCCUUCCUAUUGCUGUAUCUCGAGAUGUGUGAGUCAGACGAUGAUCUACGUCUGAAGUACCCAAAGACCAAGAAAGGGCUGAAAGAGGCGCUGAUAAUUCAGGAGGAUUUGGAGGAUUUUUUUGGCCGCCAGUCAAGAAGGGUUCUUAUGGGUCGAUUGAAGGAUUGCUUGUUCCUUUACAACUCAAAUGGCGGAUUUGCUCCUGAAAAGCCUGUAAUACACAGAAGUGGUCUUACUGGCGAACAGAAAGAGAUUGUAGAGUUGGACCUCAAUAUUGGGGAGGUUCUCAAGAUCAAGGCUUUUGCUGGGACUGGAAAGACCACGGUUUUGACUGAGUACGCUAAAGCUCGCGUUCAAAAAGAUGCCGAAAGGAAAUUCGGCCCAAAUGUCGUUUGUCGGACCAUUCACUCCCUCACCCGCGAAACGGUUCUCAGGAUGCGACCAAAGAUAAAGGCACCAGCGAGCUCAGAAAAUAACCUCGUGCGUGAAAUCGUACAGGUUCUGGACCUAGAAAACAAAGAGACUCUCAAGACAGCAAUGCUUGACCCAUCACAAAAACUUCCAAGAGCAUCAAAGGUGGCCAAAGUAAUCAACGAGAACCUCCUUACAUUCUUCACUUCGGCUGAGGUCGAAAUUGAUUAUGCAUCCUUGCACUGGAUGAUGGCUGAUAAGCUGGGGCUGAAGAAGAAUGUUGUUCUAGAAUGGACACGGAGAGCUUGGGACGAGCUGCAAAGGCUUCAAGGGCCGUGCUUUCCGCAUGAUGGAUACUUGAAGAUGAUGCAUUUAGAUGGAAUUGAUAGUGACAAAGAGGGUGUGAGGUGCAGAGCGGAUGACUUAGCUUUUGGUCAGUUCGACGGGAUCAUGUUUGAUGAGGCCCAAGACGCAGAUUCAGUAAUGGCAGAGAUCAUAUUUAGACAACGCCCGUUUUCACGCAUAAUCGUUGUCGGCGACCCCAACCAGAUGAUUUAUGAAUUUAGAGGAACAAAUAACGAGUGUUUUGACGAUAGUCUCUACCCAACAACUUACAACAAGUCGUUGACAUAUUCAUUUCGCUUUGGUCUGGGAAUUGCUGCGGCUGCAGCACAUUGUCUACGGGCUAUAGGUGAACCGCUUACGAUGAAGGCUAUCGGGGAUGUUGAUGUACUCAAAACAGACUUUCCAAAGGUCGUGGAGGAGGUGGAUCCUGUUAUAAAUCCUACAAUCAUAGACAAUCUACCGCCAGGUUUGCCUUCUGAUGGCGGGAGUGGAAAACAUGUAGUGAUUUGCCGAAAAAACAAUUCCCUAGUUUCAGCCUUAUUCUCGUACUGUCACUCGCACCCAAAGCACAAGGUGUACCUUAAAGUUCCGACUCACAUGAAACCUCGCACUUUGUUUUCCUAUCUUAAGGAUGCAUACGAGUUGAAACAAGGGACUCCCACAAUUACUGGGCCUCUCAGGGGACUCAGAUCUAUGGAAGCACUUAUGAUAAAAGUCCUUUCCGAGUCUCCGAUUAACACAGGCGCCUCAAAAAAAUGCAAGUCACUUUUGGAAGAAGCGGAAGAAGAGCUGGAGGCCAUCAAUCCCAAAAUAAAGUCGCAUUUAGAGGCAAUGACGCGAAAGUAUAAACUCAAACGCCAGGAUCAGCGUCAAAUACAACAACUUCUUAAAGGCAGUCCUACACCAAAAAUUGAAAGGUUUCUUCAGGUUUUGAUUUCGAGGGACCUUAUACCACGAAUGUUUCCUCCCGAGUUGAAGUUGGUGGCAGGGCUUGAGAGGCAAAACCUAUUAUCGGACCUCAGUUUCCUUGCUAAAAUUGCUUUUUGCGCUGAAAGGAUAGUGGAUGAUGCAGAGGAUGCAGAUAUGAUUCUGUGUACUGCACAUCAGGCGAAAGGACUUGAAUGGGAUAAUGUUGUGAUGGCAGAUGACUUUGCUGCUCUCCACAUACAUAGGCAUAGUAGCGGGGUGGGGAGCUCCGACCUUGAAAGCGUUCGAAUAAUGUAUGUGGCUAGUACUCGGGCCCGGAAAGAGCUGCAUAUGGGGCAAAAAAUGGCGACUCUAUCGGUUUCUGCAUCUGGAAGUUACGGUUUCUUCUUGAGCCCAGAAAAUGAAGCGUGUCCCAAAUAUGAUGAUUGCGUGCGCGGAAAAUCCAGCGAAGAAAUCACGGACAACCCUGCCAACACAUGUGGCCAGUUGAUAGGCUACAGGACGGUAAUGCCGACAGCACGAUUUGGGUCGAAUUUGGUACUCCGGAAAACAGGGAACUUUCCUUUCGGUGAUGGGGAAGAUGUGAUUGGAUGUCACAAAUGCGUUGUUGAUCUUUAUAAGCCCGCUCUGCGCAGACUGAUAGACUCUUAUGCCCAGUUUGAUUACGAAACGAUGGCAGAGUUAGAGAGACUUGUGGAUAUCCUGAAACAGGCUUUGGACGGCGAUUCGAGUACAGAAAGUGCAAUUGUGCGUGAGCCAAUGAGCCAGAGGGGUGGCUGGCUUCGCAAGUUUGAGGAUAUGAACGCUGCAGAUGAGAUAAGAGUUGGAUCUUGGAUGAGAAAGCAUAUGAUGUUUUCAUGGGGAGUUUGGUUUCUGCAGGCGCGUAUGAGGAGGUCAAACUAA